UCUGUCCCAGCUGCAGCUGUCUCUGCUUGUGGCCUUGUUGUCGCCAGGCUCCGUCGGCACCGUCCUGAUCUGCACACACGCCAUCAACCCCGUUGGAGAGUGUGCGGAAGCGCGCAGCUGGAUUGAAAAUUCGCGGAGUUUAGACGAGGUUGAGGUUUGAAACUUCACACGGCACUUCCUCGCAGCUACAUAUUUGUACACAAGUUCGAACAACAGAGGACAACGGCCUCGCUUGCGGAAGCUCACACGUGGCACGCGCAACUCGACAGAUCCAGAGCAAGGGGAUCGGACACACUACAGGCACAUCUGACAAGCUACUACGCACUCUUUCUCUCAUUUGGCAAGCUUUGAGGAAGUGUUCGCAAUGUCUCCUACUUGGCGAUACGUCGCCGUCGUCGCGGUAGCGGCCUUGGUGGGAGGAGGGCCGGCCAGGCGCGGGUCGGCGGAGGCGGCGGCUGCGACAAAGAAGAGCGAGGAGGAGCGGCGGGCCGAGUACGAGAGGUUUAUUGACAAGAUGAUGGACUCGAUGCCCGCUGACGAGCUCGCGGAGGAGCUGGUGGGGGUUUUCCAUCGCACCAUGGACUCGGAGAAACGGGAGCGAAGGAGGCGAGAGCUGGAGAGGGAUUUCGACACGGACGACGAGGCAUUGCUCGAGAGGAUCGGUCGCUUGGUAGUACAGUGGGUCAACACCCGACUCACCCCGAGGACGGACGAAGAGUGCGACUGGAGCUGGGGUCGAUGGCGGUGUGAUCCCCAGUGCAGCUGCCAGUACAAGUACCGAUUCGGGGACUACGCGCCCGGAAGAUCGUGCCGCCUGAGGCCGGAGGGGGAGAGGGGCCUGGCCACCUGCGACCCCGAGAGGGGAAACGACGUGUCCUUGCUGGAAAAGCUUGCCGCUUUCGUUGGCAAGGUGGGCAGGAGCACCUGGCGCUUCACCGCCGAGCACGUUGUGCCUCAGACUGACAAGGACUGCCGCUUCUCCCUGGCGCACUCCCUCGAGGAGAAGAAGCUCGUUUGCACGCCGAGGAGGCACUGUGCCUUCCACUACAAGUUCGGCGACGUCCAUCCGGGGCGGUCGUGCCGCCUCCGAGACAAAUCCGGCACUAGCGUCGCAAGGAUUGGUGGAAACGGCAGAGCGGACGAUGACGGUGGCGGCUACGGAGGGGACGGCGGGGAGAGGUGGUCCAUGUUUGACUGGGGCGACGGGAGCGGCAGCAGCAGCAACGACGACUUCGACGAUGAUUCUGACGGUGGCUGGCGGGAUAGGGACGGCGGCAACCAUCCCACGGACUUGUAGAUUCUUACGCAGCUCCGCCUCCGCUCUUCUGGCGGGCGUUCGAAGAUGGAGAGACACGUUAGUGCCGAGCCUUCUUGUGUCAUGUUGCGAAAACGGGUGGGUCAAGGGUUGGGGUGCACACAAGCCCACCCACCGUUUGUGCCCCGCAACGUCAGGAUUAUGAGGUCCUGCCGCACGCGCAGGCUGCAUGGUUGUGUUGUCCCGUACUAUCCUGCGAGUACCCGUACUAUCCUGCGAGUAGCUAAGUGAAGCGCGCCCACCGCCACACGCCGGCGAGCUACAGUCCCCGACGACUCUCGGAAAAAUGUGCGCUUUUGGUACCAUCAAUUGAAUAUGCAUCGUCCCUGUUUUGUUGUGUGUUUGUUGAAGUUUUUGUUGUGUAGGUUGUUUUGCCACCACGUGUUCGUUUUGUGUGCGUUUUGUGAUGAGUCUCGCUGUGUUUCUGUCAUCAAAAUCGACCUAGCGUUGACUGCCUGGCGAAUGAAUUGUAGACGGUUGCGGGACGAAAAAACACGAUGGUGUCAGUGCAGCGACCGUGCGAGGGUAUGCCUUUAGAGGAGGACGAAAACCAACGGCAGCACCUUCGCACGCCUGUCUCUGAGCAGCAAUAGCCAUGUGAGGAAAUUUCCGUUGCGCUUGGUCUGUGCCACCCAGCCCCUGCAUGGCGAAGCUUCGAGCUCCGUGUACUUUUAGUAUGGAAGGACGGGCUCGUCUCUGCGCUCCGUCUCUGUGCUCGUCCAAGGCGUGGCGCGUCCGUGCGAUAUGUACGAUACGUCCAUCGGUAGCGCGAGAAACGACAAGGUCGUGUUCGGAUUGACUUGAGAUCUCACUCGCGCGCGUCUUGCCUAUCAUCGCUACGGCGGAGUUGGUUUGCCCGAAGGGCUGUACAGUAGACGCACCUUUCCUUUCCAUGCUCUUGUCGAGAUGGCCUGUGAUUUUGAAUUUGAUCCCGCCAUGUGGUUCUUUCUUUCUGCCAAACCGGUCGUAUUGUGGUAGUGUUCUUGACCCUACGAUACCCUUCUUUUCGGUUUCGCCUCUUCCCCCCCCGUGAUUUUUCUUCUUCUGUUGUCCCCCCGCGGGCGCUUCCGUCCCCUCUUGUAAAUGCCUUAUGUGGAGGCCUCGGCACGUGCGUUGUAAAUUAUAUGUGCGGGUACGAACACGUCCUUGUUGCGUGUAGUGAGGUUGGGGAGUGGGGAAUGAGGUACGAAGGUUGCGAGGGUGGAGCGGGACAUUACAGGCACACGCGUACUUUACAUGGUGUGAGGAGUGAAACAUUAACGCGCGCACGCGUAUGAUACAUGGUGUGGAGGUUUGUUGCUCACAACAGACGGGAUGCAAAAUUGCAAAAUUGUACCAUUGUAUAAAAAGCGCUUUUUUUUUUUUCUGUGUCGUUUGGUUGCUUUUUGAGGCGGUGUGUGUUUACGUCCGCAAAAAAAUGUUUCGCUUGUGUUGUCGACAAGGAAGAGCAUAAUUUUUGGGAUCCCGUCCGGAAGGCCCCGCCUCUGUCGCAUUCGUUUUGAUUCUGUGUGGGAUGAUGCAGGUACGGGCGCUGCUGUUGUUUGUAUGGUGAUGGGCGCUUGGUUGUCCCGGUCAACCUUGGCUUGGUUUAGUAGUUUAGUCUUGCCGCUCCCAAGAGAAACUGCAAUUCGUGACGAGAGAGUCACACCGAAGGAAAGAAACAUCGUCUAUAACAACGUCGCCCACAUCUGGGAAAUGGUACGGGUGUCAGAGGCUCGCCAGGAGAAAAAAAAAAAAACACUCGG